AUGGUGCAAACGCCACAGCAACGAAAGGCAAAUGAGAAAUAUGCGCGGCGCGAAGUUGCAAAGCGUGGGAAAGGACAGAUACCACCAAAGCAGAAACAGAAGCCCAAGGCCCCAGUGUCCAUGGGUUGGAUUGCUAUUCUUGCAUUUGUUAUUUGUGGAGGACUUAUUUUUGAGCUCAUGAGGAUUAUCCCAGAGCUAUGGACAGUUAUAACUUCAGUAUUUGGUCAUUGGACAACAUGA